UAUUCACCAUGAAUGAUAUGAGUGGCCAUGGCAAUGGAAUGGCGGCCGCACCAGCAACGAUGAACAGUACCGGGAUGAUUCACCGCCACAAGAUGAUGAUGCACAUGACAUUUUUCUGGGGAAAGAACACCGAGGUCCUCUUCGAUGGUUGGCCUGGUAAAAACAAUACCGGCAUGUACGUGGUGGCCCUGAUAUUUGUGUUUGUGAUGUCGGCCCUAGUGGAGUGGAUCUCUCAUAGCCGGAUUAUCAAACCGGGUGCAAGCAACGUUGCUGCGGGUCUCAUUCAAACUUUUAUGCACGCCAUUAGGGUUGGUGUUGCCUAUAUGGCGAUGCUUGCUGUCAUGUCUUUUAACGGUGGUAUUUUUCUUGCGUCCAUUGCUGGCCAUUCUUUUGGUUUUUUGGUGUUUGGCAGUAGGGUUUUCAGGAAGACAGAAAUCCCAUAUUCUGUGAAAACCUCAGAUCUACCUCCAAUGGCUUGUUCUUGUUGAUAAGUUUUCUCU